CCAAAAUGAACCGAAUUUUCGUAUUAAAGCUCACUUCAAAUCAUCAGGAUUUCUGAACUCGUUUCUGUCCCUCUCAUCCUUUACAAAGGUAACCCACCAGAAUUCCAAUGGAGACAGUGCUUGAAACGCCCCUCAAAAAUCCAGUUCAAUCCGAAAACCCCCUCUCUGACUACAAAACGCCACCCCCAAAUCAAGAAACGGCCCAGAAAAUCCAGAAUUCUGCCAACGAUUCCGGCAAUAAAACCGCUACGCCCGACAGGCUCAAGGUGCCCAAGGCAUUCAAGUACCCUGAGAGGUACAGAAGCCCAACUGAUCUCAUGAUAUCACCAGUUUCAAAGGGUCUUCUUGCUAGAAGCAGAAAGACGGGUUCCCUCUUACCUCCUGCAAAAAUUCAGCCUAAGGUUCAGGAUUUGCGUGUCCAGGAAGUGGGUCUUUUUCAAGCUUGAAGGAUCUCGUAAGGGUCUAGUCUAUCAGAUGGAUUCUUGAUCUUGAUGAAUUUGUCUGACUAAAUUGGUCUUUGAAGGGAUUUAAUGGGAUGUAGAGUUUAGAGUUUUUAGUAAUUCAGAUUUUGCAUUUUGUUGGGAAAAUUUCUGAGCAGUUGUCAUGAUGAUUAAAUGAUGUGUAAUUUGAAUUUAGUUUCUUAAUAAAAAUUGUUCAGACACGUUCAAAUGUUGAA